AGCCCGCUGGUGCGUGAAGAGCCGCUGGCGCAGCCGGGCCUCUGGUGCGAUCCGCACCCCCCCGCCCCCAGGGCCCAUGGGUGCUGCUUCCCCUCCGCCCUUCGCCUCUUCCUCGCGGGGCCACGCAGGGCUCCCCCAGCCCCGCAGCCGGGAAGCGGCGGAUGGAGGAGAGAGCCUCCUUUCGGCUCCAGGCGUGCACCGACCAGUGAGAUCACCCGGGUUAUAAAUAUCUCCGUGUGCCAGCGCUGCGCUCCGGAUCUCCCUCGCGCGCUGCAGCCCGGGGAGCGAUGCCUGCCCAGCGCAGCUAGCCCGUGCCGCGGCGCAGAGCGAGCAGGAGCCUGGCUCGCAAGAUGCGCUGGGCACCCUCCCGGCUGGAAGAAUGAGCUUGUCCUUCCGCUGCCUCCUCUCCCUCAGCCACCUGAUCCUCACCAGCGCCCUGGCGCAACUGCCCCCCGGAGCGCAACGCGGGCAGGCGGCCAGUGCCAGCAGCACCAGCAACACCUCCUCCGUUUCAUCACCUUCCUUCCCCCCCCCCUCCUCCUCCUCCUCCCAAGGAAGCGGGCCGGAGAGAAGCAGCUUCCAGUGGAGCCCAUCCGGGCGCAGGACGGGCAGCCUCUAUUGCAGGGUGGGCAUCGGCUUCCAUCUGCAGAUCCACCCGGAUGGCAAAGUCAACGGCUCCCAUGAAGCCAAUCUCUUAAGUAUUUUGGAAAUAUUUGCUGUGUCUCAGGGGAUUGUAGGAAUACGAGGAGUUUUCAGCAACAAAUUUUUAGCGAUGUCAAAAAAAGGAAAACUCCAUGCAAGUGCCAAAUUUACAGAAGACUGCAAGUUCAGGGAGAGGUUUCAAGAAAACAGCUAUAACACAUAUGCUUCGGCAGUUUACAGGACCGAAAAGACUGGGAGAGAAUGGUAUGUGGCUUUGAACAAGAGAGGCAAAGCCAAAAGAGGCUGCAGUCCCCGGGUGAAACCCCAGCACAUCUCCACCCAUUUCCUUCCAAGGUUCAAACAGUCUGAGCAGCCAGAACUGUCUUUCACCGUCACUGUUCCUGAAAAGAAAAAGUCACCUGCCUCCACCCCAGCAAAACCAAAGGUUUCAUUGUCCGUGCCUCGGAAGAACCCCAACACUGUUAAAUACAGGCUGAAGUUUCGCUUUGGAUAGCGGUUAAACUGAUGGCUAGAGAGGAACACUUUUCUCAGGAGCUGCUGCGUGCGUGCGUGUGUGAGUCCUUUGCUUACAAUGGCAGAUAGGGCCUUGAUCGCACUUAGCUGCAUUAGGAGGUCAGACAGGGAGAUACCCAUUUGUUUCAGUUUGACCCCAGCCAAAUUGCUUUUUGAUAGUCAAGAGUGUUAACUGAACUGGAAUUCUUCAUCUAGCCCUAGGGAGGAAAGCAGUGGUUCAGGUCAAAUGAACAUAAAGGCUUUUGUUUUUUGCCUUAAAUAGCAUUCUCAUUUUCCUACUCUCCAAAGCAUUGAGACGGGACUGUACAUUUUGAAACAAUGUCUGAUGGAUCCGUUUAAUUUUUUGCUUUCCAAAGAAUACACUUUUGGUGUCGAUAAACUAUUUUAUGAACUUCUGUUUAUUUUGGUUGUCGGAAGCAACAAAAAGGUACCUCUACACUGAACAUAUUUUCUUACUUUCACUGUUUUAAUGAAUGACACUUUUUACAAUCAUUUUCAUAUGAGAAAUUUGUUCAGAGUCAAGUUAUAAUUUAUAAGGAUUUUUUUUUCUGCAUCUUCUCUUUUUGCUGCACUUUUUACUUCUGACUGUACCUCAAACUCGUAUAUCCAAAUCUGUCUUUUUUUUAAAGUUUGAUGCCUCUCCUCUUAGAAGUCAACUCUUU